AAUGCUUAAUGAUGCUGCAAAUAGCUUUAUUUUAUACUGGGCCAAAAAAUGUAAAAAGAUUACUAAAGAAUUAAAGAAAUUGUUUUGUGAGUUUCGAUGGAUUGGGCUAUUUUUAUCUGAUAGAAAGCUUAAUUUAAUGAUAUACCAAAUAUGUGAAGAAACCAAGAUUUAUUUCAUUACAUAUCUAAAUUCUUAUUCCGUUUCAAUCCCGAUCUCAAACAUAAAUCAUGAUAUGGCAAGCACAUUAGAAAUAUUUUUACAGAUUGAGAACAUUUUUCAAAUGAACUUGAAAGUGAUAGAAAAAAUUCAAAAAAUCGUAGAUAAAAUUAAUGUUGAAGAAUCUGAAAAUUUUGAAACACCUCUAAAAUAUCUAAAGAAGGUCAUUGGUGAAACACCUUCUACCCCAUAUAAAUAA